CCCCGUGCCUCCGCCUCCACCUCCGCCUCCGAGAAGCCGAUUCCCUCUUGCAGCAGUUCCGAAGUAAGGGAUGGGAUUCCCUCAGGGGCCUACGUGAUAGCCGCUGGGAGCCGCGCGGCCCGCGGCGUGAGUCCCCGGAGCCCAGGUUCGCUGCGGCGUCGGGCGCUCCCGGGCUGCGAGGUCCGGCUCAGUCUGCUGCUUGCUGUCGAUGGCCUGUCCUGGCGCUUGUCUCGGAAGCCGGCUGCAGGUAGACCCGUGAUGGCUGGAUUUCUCGCGAAAGGACUUUAGCCUCCUCUAAGUCUCGGAACCAGAGUCAGGAAAAUAAUCGUUAUCUCAUGUCAAGAUGUCGGGGAUUGGAAAUAAAAGAGCAGCUGGAGAGCCAGGCACAUCUGUGCCUCCAGAGAAGAAGACAGCUGUUGAAGAUUCAGGGACCACAGUGGAAACGAUUAAGCUAGGGGGUGUCUCUUCAACGGAGGAAUUAGACAUUCGGACACUGCAAUCCAAAAAUCGUAAGCUAGCAGAAAUGCUGGAUCAGCGACAGGCUAUUGAAGAUGAGCUUCGGGAACACAUUGAAAAGCUGGAGCGGCGCCAGGCCACUGAUGAUGCCUCACUGUUGAUUGUGAAUCGGUACUGGAGCCAGUUUGAUGAAAACAUCCGUAUCAUCCUUAAACGUUAUGAUCUGGACCAGGGUUUGGGAGACCUGCUCACAGAAAGGAAAGCGCUGGUUGUGCCAGAACCAGAACCUGACUCUGACAGCAAUCAGGAGCGCAAAGAUGACCGUGAGAGAGGGGAAGGGCAAGAGCCAGCUUUCUCUUUCCUUGCUACUUUGGCCAGCAGUUCCAGUGAAGAGAUGGAAUCUCAGCUUCAGGAGCGAGUGGAGUCCUCCCGCCGUGCUGUGUCCCAGAUUGUGAAUGUGUAUGAUAAAUUGCAAGAAAAAGUGGAGCUCUUAUCCCGGAAACUGAACAGUGGAGAUAACCUAAUAGUGGAGGAAGCAGUACAGGAGCUGAACUCCUUCCUUGCGCAAGAGAAUGUGAGGCUCCAGGAGCUGACAGACCUCCUUCAGGAGAAGCAUCACACCAUGUCUCAGGAGUUCUGUAAGCUGCAGGGUAAAGUAGAGACAGCUGAGUCACGAGUGUCUGUCUUGGAGUCAAUGAUUGAAGACCUACAGUGGGAUAUUGACAAAAUUAGAAAACGAGAACAGCGUCUCAAUCGACAUUUGGCUGAAGUCCUAGAACGGGUGAAUUCAAAAGGCUAUAAAGUAUAUGGAGCGGGGAGCAGUCUCUAUGGAGGCACAAUCACCAUCAAUGCCCGGAAGUUUGAGGAAAUGAAUGCAGAACUUGAGGAGAACAAAGAGUUGGCUCAGAACCGACAUUGUGAGCUAGAGAAACUCCGUCAAGACUUUGAAGAGGUUACUACCCAGAAUGAAAAGUUGAAGGUGGAAUUGCGGAGUGCAGUGGAGGAAGUGGUUAAGGAAACUCCAGAAUAUCGCUGCAUGCAGUCACAGUUCUCUGUCCUUUACAACGAGAGUCUACAGCUGAAAGCCCACUUGGAUGAGGCUCGGACUUUGCUUCAUGGCACCCGGGGAACUCACCAGCGCCAGGUUGAACUCAUUGAGCGAGAUGAGGUUAGUCUGCAUAAGAAGCUGAGGACAGAAGUGAUCCAGCUGGAGGAUACCUUGGCCCAGGUCCGCAAGGAGUAUGAGAUGCUGAGGAUAGAGUUUGAGCAGACCCUUGCUGCCAAUGAACAAGCAGGUCCCAUAAACCGGGAGAUGCGCCACCUCAUCAGCAGCCUCCAGAAUCAUAACCACCAGCUGAAGGGGGAAGUCCUGAGGUACAAACGGAAACUGAGAGAGGCGCAGUCCGACCUGAACAAGACGCGUCUACGCAGUGGCAGUGCUCUCCUGCAGUCUCAGUCUAGUACUGAGGACUCCAAAGAUGAACCCACAGAGCUAAAGCCAGAUUCUGAGGACCUGUCCACUCAUUCCUCAGCAUCAAAGCCCUCUCAGGAGGAUGCGAGUGAAGUUAAGUCCAAACGGGAUGAAGAAGAGAGAGAACGAGAAAGGAGGGAGAAAGAAAGAGAGCGAGAACGAGAACGAGAAAAGGAAAAGGAGAGAGAACGAGAGAAACAGAAACUGAGAGAGUCAGAAAAAGAGAGGGAUUCUGCUAAGGAUAAAGAGAAAGGGAAACAUGAUGAUGGAAGAAAAAAGGAAGCAGAAGUUAUCAAGCAGCUGAAGAUUGAACUCAAGAAAGCACAAGAGAGCCAGAAGGAGAUGAAAUUGCUGCUAGAUAUGUAUCGUUCUGCCCCCAAGGAACAGAGAGAUAAAGUGCAGCUAAUGGCAGCUGAGAAGAAGUCGAAGGCAGAGUUGGAGGAUCUCAGACAAAGACUCAAAGAUCUGGAAGAUAAGGAGAAGAAAGAGAACAAGAAAAUGGCUGAUGAGGAUGCCUUGAGGAAGAUCCGGGCAGUGGAGGAACAGAUUGAAUACUUGCAGAAGAAGCUGGCCAUGGCUAAGCAGGAGGAAGAAGCUCUGCUCUCUGAGAUGGAUGUCACAGGACAGGCAUUUGAGGACAUGCAGGAGCAGAACAUUCGUUUGAUGCAGCAGUUACGGGAGAAGGAUGAUGCAAACUUCAAGCUCAUGUCAGAGCGAAUCAAGUCUAAUCAGAUCCAUAAGUUGCUUAAGGAGGAGAAGGAGGAGUUGGCUGACCAGGUUUUGACGCUGAAGACUCAGGUAGAUGCCCAGUUACAGGUAGUAAGGAAACUGGAAGAGAAGGAGCACCUGCUUCAGAGUAACAUUGGCACAGGGGAGAAGGAGCUAGGCCUCAGGACUCAAGCCUUGGAGAUGAAUAAACGUAAGGCAAUGGAGGCAGCCCAGCUUGCAGAUGACCUCAAAGCACAGCUGGAACUGGCUCAGAAGAAGCUUCAUGACUUUCAGGAUGAAAUCGUGGAGAACAGUGUCACCAAAGAAAAGGACUUGUUCAAUUUUAAACGAGCACAGGAGGACAUCUCUAGGCUUCGAAGAAAGCUGGAGACCACCAAGAAGCCAGACAAUGUGCCCAAGUGUGAUGAGAUUCUGAUGGAGGAGAUAAAGGACUACAAGGCACGGCUGACCUGCCCUUGCUGUAACAUGCGUAAAAAGGAUGCAGUACUUACCAAGUGUUUCCAUGUUUUCUGCUUUGAAUGUGUGAAGACGCGCUAUGACACUCGACAGCGCAAGUGCCCCAAGUGUAAUGCUGCUUUUGGUGCCAAUGAUUUCCAUCGCAUCUACAUUGGCUGAUUGCAGUCAAGAAAGAGGAGCUGGCUAGGCAAGCACUUUGCAUUAACCACCGGGCCUCUACCUCUUUUCUCCUUGACAGCUGGCCGUCUGUCUGUCUUGCUCCUCAGACUUUGCCCAGGUUCUCUUCUCUACUAGCUAUAGAACAUUAGUGAAAAAGACUGCAGGUCUUGGUUUUAGAAUGAACUAGAAACUGCUACUGUUACACGUCUUCCUUACCAGCUUUGUUUGUGUCCUUCUUACAGAUUUUUCAGCAUUUUCUUUUUGGGCCUAUCCUUUAAACUUGGAUUGCCCAUUCCUCCUGAAGAAGUCAGGUUGAUAGUUUUAACAUCGAGAAGGAGAUGUAGAUAGGGUGAACAUAUGUUCUGAUGGGGGAGUGAGCUUUUAGAAAGAAACUUUCUAUGUGCCCAGACUUCUUGAUUUGGGUAGUGAACCUUUUCUAAACUUAGGUUAUACAAUGGUGUAAUUGUAAUAGUUUCCCCUGGAAGGUUUGAAGCCUUAAUAAAUUAUAUCCAGGAUAAUUCAAUCUUUUUCCCACUCUUAACAAACUGACUUUUCCUGUCAGUUGGACUUCUUGCUAAAGUUAUUUAUGUUUUAAAUAUACAAAUACUUACAGUUUUUUAAUUUCUUAAGGCCAGAAGAAUUUCAAACAGGAUAACCCUUGUGUUUUUUACUAAAAUUAGAAUUGGAACUUAAGAGGCAGCAGGAGUGGAUUGUGAAGAGAUCUGGGUAUUCUGGCUGUGUGACCUAGGGAAGUGUUGGUGAACUAUGAAUUACUCUCAUCUUCCUCUCCAAAGAGAUUGUGUGAUCCUUUUUUCCAUAAGAUUCUCAGUAAUGUUUCUGUAGGAUUUUAAUAUUCCACAUACUUCAAUUAAAGCAGGAUUCAGGUCACUUUUGUGUUUGUGGUUUUCUUUGUUACAACUACAAAGCUGAAAUUUUAAGAUAGUGUCUUUUGUUGUGUAACCCAGGCUGGCCUUGAAUCAUGAUAGUUCCCCUGUCUUAGCCUUGCUGGAGCUUACAUUGGGGAUAUGUGCCACUGUACCCAGUGAGAUGAACUCUUUGAACAGAAUUAAAAUUAAGAUGCUGUCUUUGUUGACAGUAUUUAGGUUUUCUUUUUGUUGUUGUUGUUUUGUUUUUUAUUAAUUGAGGUAGUUUUCUCUCUUCCCAGUUGUUUUGAGUCCAUACAGAGAAGAGACUACCUAAAAGGAAGAGAUUACUUAGUUCUCUUUAGCUCACUGUGGAGGUAAGAAAGAGAUUGUUCCACUGGUGGCUUUGGCCUCAGAACUUUGAGUUUUAUAGAAACUAGAACAACAGACAUUUUCUCUGCUUAAUAAAGGUUUAUGUAAAGUGGUUGCUUCCUGAUCAACAAACACCUGGUGUAAAUAAUGGUCAAGGGCAUGUUCCCUUUCUGUUCUUACCAGCUGUCAUCAGCAGGCUUUGUGACAAAUCCUACUGUUUUGUGAUAGGGAUUUAGUUGUUGGGUGUUCACUUGGUUAUCAAGAGAGGCCACUGGUCAGUUGAUCCUGCUGCCAAGCAUAUACCCAUGCAUAUUUAUAUGCAUACACAGCCAUGUUGGCUUCAGGCCCUACUCCUAGAUAUGACCAUUGCAUUCACCAUUGCUGCUGGCACUUACAGGAGCAUAACGAGGGACCAACUGGACUACUUGGGCAGCAGGUGGUUUAUGAUAUUAGCAGCUCAUGUUAAUUGGCUUAGAAAUCCAGCUACGUGGUACCAGAUGGGCAUUGGCCUGUGGUAUGAUGUAGAGGGAAACAUUUCAUUCCCUGGAAAGCUCUGUUAAGAGGAAGCUUCUUAACUGAGAAAUUGAGGUCCAGGCAGCACAAGGUGAGUUCUCAAAGUCAUUUUCAGAAAAUAUUCAAACAUGGUGAGUUUGGGGUAGGGGGCGCCAGAUUUCCUUUGCCUGCAUAGGAGGUUGGGAAUGAAUUUCAGGAACACCCAUGGAAUUUCAUGUCAUAUUUUGUUUCAGUUUUAAGUUCAUGACUUAGUAGCUCUUCAGAUCCUGAGAGGAAUUUCAUUUAGGGGAACUUGACAUUACCCCAAAUUAGAAACAACAGUCUGAAUUAAAAAAAAAAAAAAAAUCACAAGGUAUUUUCUUUAUGGCAAAGUUCUCAAUUUAAAGUAGAAAGUGAUAUUGUAGAGAUGUUCUCUCUCCUUCCCUUUUAUUCCCCCCUUUCUUCCCCUAUUUUCCUUCCUCCCACUUUCUCUUAGAAACAGUUGACUAAACAUUGACUAAAAUCAGAUGUACUCAAUAUGAGGCAUAUGUCUUAUAUAUGGUUUGUCUCUAUCUACUCAAGGAUCCUUUUCUAAGGUAAUGAAAUGUUUCUGCUACUAGCUAUUACAUUCUUCGUAAAUUUCUGUUGGAUACUUUUUUGUUGUUCUGUGCCCACAUUGCUAGCUAUCCUUGUCCUCCAAAGACAGAGGAAUGCUAUACUUACAGAAUAAUGUGCAUACCAUUGGAGUGAUACAUGAUUUGAUCGUGUCAAGACAAUAAAGUGAUAGUUUGUUCCCUAGACCUA